UGUGAGCAGGCGUCGGUCGGGGGAAUGAGGAAGUCCCACAAGAACCGGCUCCCCCAGCUGCUGCGCUGGUGGGAGGGUCACUGGCCAACCUGCUCUCAUCCAGCUUGGGCUGGCCGCAGUGCCAGGCAGUUGCCCUCAGCUCCUCCACCCAUUCCCCCCAUGGAGGUGGCUGCCCUUGCAGGCUCCAGGGUGUGGCGGGCAAGUCCAGGAGGCAGAGGCCAGAGGGGCUCAUGCUGUGGGGGCAGUUCCUCUCUCAGACCCCAUCUGCGCCUCCCCUGCUGCAUAUAUGGGUGACAUGGAUGCCAACGGGCAGGAGCAAGGGCUGGGAAAGGCUGUGGAGAGGCCCUCGGCUGGUCUGGUGGGGAGCGGGUCACUGUCUCUGCCGCCUCCCUGGGGGAUCCAGCGUGGGGAUGGGACAUGGAGCUGGGCACCUCUCCUGGAUGCCCCUGGGCUGAUCCCCCUCGACGUCCUGACGAGAGCCCAGGCCCAGCGUCUGAGAAGGAGCGGGAGCCAGGCCCGGGUGGGGGCAGGAGCCGGCAUCACUCUCAGCGCUGCCCCACACUCCCCAGCCUGUCUGCUGAGGCCAUGUCGGACUACGAGAACGAUGACGAGUGCUGGAGCGUCCUGGAGGGCUUCCGGGUGACGCUUACCUCGGUCAUCGACCCCUCGCGCAUCACGCCCUACCUGCGGCAGUGCAAGGUCCUGAACCCCGAUGAUGAGGAGCAGGUGCUCAGUGACCCCAACCUGGUCAUCCGCAAACGGAAAGUGGGUGUGCUCCUGGACAUCCUGCAGCGGACCGGCCACAAGGGCUACGUGGCCUUCCUCGAGAGCCUGGAGCUCUACUACCCACAGCUGUACAAGAAGGUCACGGGCAAGGAGCCGGCCCGCGUCUUCUCCAUGAUCAUCGAUGCGUCCGGGGAGUCAGGCCUGACUCAGCUGCUGAUGACUGAGGUCAUGAAGCUGCAGAAGAAGGUGCAGGACCUGACCGCGCUGCUGAGCUCCAAGGAUGACUUCAUCAAGGAGCUGCGGGUGAAGGACAGCCUGCUGCGCAAGCACCAAGAGCGCGUGCAGAGGCUCAAGGAGGAGUGCGAGGCCGGCAGCCGCGAGCUGAAGCGCUGCAAGGAGGAGAACUACGCCCUGGCCAUGCGCCUGGCGCACCAGAGUGAGGAGAAGGGCGCCGCGCUUAUGCGGAACCGCGACCUGCAGCUAGAGAUUGACCGACUCAAGCACAGCCUCAUGAAGGCCGAGGACGACUGCAAGGUGGAGCGCAAGCACACGCUGAAGCUCAGGCACGCCAUGGAGCAGCAGCCCAGCCAGGAGCUGCUGUGGGAGCUGCAGCAGGAGAAGGCACUGCUCCAGGCCCGGGUGCAGGAGCUGGAGGCCUCCGUCCAGGAGGGGAAGCUGGACAGGAGCAGCCCCUACAUCCAGGUACUGGAGGAGGACUGGCGGCAGACGCUGCGGGACCACCAGGAGCAGGCCAACACCAUCUUCUCCCUGCGCAAGGACCUCCGCCAGGGCGAGGCCCGGCGCCUCCGGUGCAUGGAGGAGAAGGAGAUGUUCGAGCUGCAGUGCCUGGCCCUGCGUAAGGACUCCAAGAUGUACAAGGACCGCAUCGAGGCCAUCCUGCUGCAGAUGGAGGAGGUCGCCAUUGAGCGGGACCAGGCCAUCGCCACGAGGGAGGAGCUGCACGCGCAGCACGCCCAGGGCCUGCAGGAGAAGGACGCGCUGCGCAAGCAGGUGCGGGAGCUGGGCGAGAAAGCGGAUGAGCUGCAGCUGCAGGUGUUCCAGCGUGAGGCGCAGCUACUGGCUGUGGAGGGCAGGCUCAGGCGGCAGCAGCUGGAGACGCUCGUCCUGAGCUCCGACCUGGAGGAUGGCUCACCCAGGAGCUCCCAGGAGCUCUCACUCCCCCAGGACCUGGAGGACACCCAGCUCUCAGACAAAGGCUGCCUGGCCGGCGGGGGAAGCCCGAAACAGCCCUUUGCAGCUCUGCACCAGGAGCAGGUUUCGCGGACCCCCCAUGACGCAGGCCUGAGCAGCGGGGAGCCGCCCGAGAAGGAGCGGCGGCGCCUCAAAGAGAGUUUUGAGAACUACCGCAGGAAGCGCGCCCUCAGGAAGAUGCAGAAAGGAUGGCGGCAGGAGGAGGAGGACCGGGAGAACACCACGGGCAGCGACAACACCGACACUGAGGGCUCCUAACCGCAGCAGCGUAGGCCCCGACCAGGGCACACCCACCGGUCCGGCCUCCUGCCACCCGGGGUGCCGACGCCCUGGGGCGCAGACUUCCCCGAGCCGUCGCUGACUUAGCCUGGAACGAGGAAUCUGGUGCCCUGAAAGGCCCAGCCGGACCGCCGGGCGUUGGGGCAGUUUGCUAAGCGGCACUCAGCUUGCGGAGGCCACGUGGGUGCUCGCCACCCCCAUGCACACGCCAUCUGUGUAACUUCUGGGUCUGUUCUGUUUCACCAUGUAACACAUAAUACAUGCAUGCAUUAUAGAAGUGCUAGAAAACACAGCUGCGUAAAUAAACAAACAGCACGGGUGACCCGCAUUCCCGCUCGGACACUUGCGCGCGGGGCCGCGGUGUCCUCGGGGUGCCAGCUGCAAGUGGACGCAGGGCCCCAUCAGGCCGCCAGGGGGCGGCAGAGCGCAGCGCGCCCCCGGUCCGUGGAACGGAAGCCCAGGAAGGCCGCUUCCGCCCGGUGCCCAUUUCCAAGAUGGCGGCGGGGCGGGGCCAGGGCAGGGUGGACGGAGCCGGCGAGCGGGAUGCUGUGGGCUGCGCUGGGCGGCGUGCCGAGGUUGCUGAGCCGCGUGCAGCCCCGGGGGCCCUGCCUGAGGCGGCUGUGGGGCCGCGGGGCCCGUCCAGAGGUCGCGGGGAGGCGGCGGGCCUGGGCCUGGGCCUGGGGCUGGCGGCGCUCAAGCUCCGAGCAGGGGCCGGGGCCCGCGGCGGCUCUGGGGCGCGUGGAGGCGGCGCACUACCAGCUCGUCUACACCUGCAAGGUCUGCGGGACUAGGUCCUCCAAGCGCAUCUCCAAGCUGGCCUAUCACCAAGGCGUGGUCAUUGUGACCUGCCCCGGCUGCCAGAACCACCAUAUCAUCGCGGACAACCUGGGCUGGUUCUCGGACCUGAAUGGAAAGAGAAAUAUCGAAGAGAUCCUGGCGGCCAGAGGCGAGCAGGUGAACCGUUUGGCAGGUGAGGGGGCCCUGGAACUGGUUCUGGAGGCUGCAGGGACCCCCACAUCCACUGCUGUUCCAGAAGCGGGUGAGGAUGAGGGUCCCCCCGGCCCUGGCAAGACGGAGCCGAGCUGACCCCUGUGCUCCCUGGCACUGUGGGACUUCUGCCUUCCAGAAGGAUGUUUUGGCCCUGUGCCUCUCUGGACGUGGCCUGUUUUCUAUCAAUAAACAGACAUUACUUCCA